ACAGAUGAGUACUGAGAAACACAUGUUUUAAAGUCAAUUUCAACCCGGAUCUUCUUAUCAUUUCAAGAGAAUCCUGGACCAGUUCAUUCUUUCAUCUCUAUUCAAGAAGUCACUUUUUUCAACAAUCGAAGAUUUGCAAAAUCAAACCCAGAUGUUGAAAUUGUUUGAUGUUGCCGACUUCCAGUCACUUUUGUCACCUUUUCAAUCGAUAGCCAACUCUCAGGUAUAUAGUUCGAUGCAUGAAAAAACGUCAUCAGCAUUUCAAAUUAGGAGAGGAUAAUUGGAUAUAACUCAAAAAUGGGCGUUAUCUUACUAGUUGUGGUCGUCAGGCACUUUUUUCCAAAUUUAGUUCCAAAAAAACGUUACGAUAUGGAUUGUAAUAAUUUUCCCGUAGUUAACCAAUUACUUAAUGAUCAAGAAAAUUUGAAUUAUGAUUUGUCACUUUUCGAGUCUGUUUUAAACAAUUUCAUGGAAUCGAAGAGGAAUUCAAGUAACAGUUUAGCGUCGACGACGUUUGAUUUGUCUGCGGCGCAAAAUAAUAAUUUAAAUUUCAUGGACAAUCAGCUGUCGUUAACAAAUUUAAAUUUCUAUAAUCAGUCUGUGAUUGAUGAAUCAUUGAAUGAACAAUUAGUGUUUCAAGAUAAAGACUCGACCUUUUCUCUUCUAGGUUCAAAGGAAGAUUCCGGCCUAGUGAAGAGCAACGGUGGUGCAGGCGGGGAGAGCGGAGGUCUUCAGGUCCUGGAUGGCCUGCACAAUUCCGGGGGCCAUGGGGGAGCCCCCAAUACCAGUGAUGCCCCGUCCAACGACAAACCCCUCAAACAAAAGAGGCAUAGGACUCGCUUCACACCCGCACAACUUCAGGAACUUGAAAGAAGUUUCUCAAAGACACAUUAUCCCGAUAUAUUUAUGAGAGAAGAAUUGGCCAUGCGUAUAGGACUCACAGAAUCCAGAGUACAGGUAUGGUUUCAGAAUCGAAGAGCGAAAUGGAAAAAACGGAAGAAGACCACAAACGUUUUUCGAAGUCCGGGUGCUCUCUUGCCCUCCCACUCUCUACCCCCAUUCGGAUCCAUGGGCGACGGCUUCUGUUCCUUCGGACCUGCGACUGAUACGCGGUGGCCCAUGUCCCAGAUGGGUUCUCCAGGACUUCCCCUGGGUCCAUCCCUUUCCAGGCAACCUGCUUUGGCGCAGUCACUUUCACAACACAGUGCGGCAGCAGCAGCUGCGGCUAUGGGAGGCAUGAAUCAGUAUAUGGCUGUACAAGUGUCUUCCCAGCUGGUUCCCAAUUCUCUGCCCUCCAUCACGACGAGCACCUCCUGCUCACCCAUGUACCAGUCGCCUAUGUAUGGGGGACUCAACUCCCUUAACACAGGGGGUCCCACUGCAGUCGCCCCACCCACAGGACUAGCGCCCGUUACAGCGGGUAUUGCGGCGGCUGGCAUGCCGACUGCAUCAGGGGCGACGCCGCCCAGCUCCUCAGGCUCUUCGUCGCCGCCCCAACUCGCCUGCGCCAUGGGCAUGGGACCGGAGACGAAUGACGUGUGGCGGGGUACCAGUAUCGCCUCAUUGCGGCGGAAAGCGCUGGAGCACACCGCCUCCAUGUCCGUUUUUAGGUGAAGAGACAGGGUCACAACACAUACUAUUCGAGGUAAUUGACAGCUGCAUAGGCGAAAUAAAUACUCAUUUCAAAAACAGUUCUUUCUAUGACAGCAAAAACGGUUGUAGAAAGAAGGGAAAAAAAACGAAUGUAGCUUUGUGUUUUUAUUGUAUCUUGUCACUACAACGCUGGUUCACGGUGAAAAUUACUUUAUUACUGAAUCAUUAAUUACUUUUUUCCUACGGAAACUAAAAUUGUACUUGAGAUAGAAAAUUUUACCUGAAAUUUAAUGAGAGUGAUUAAGAAUAAAAAUUUAACUUAUUUCCAAGAUUUUUGAAGAUUUGUUUUCAGCACAGAAAUUUUUCUUUUUUUUUU